CUCUAUAUAUCACACAAGUUAUCACUAGACUUCCAUCAAAAAUCAAAAACUAUGUAUUUGACUUGAUCUCUUUAAUUAUCAGUUUCAUUGUCAUAAACCAUAAGAGAAGAGAUGGAGAUGAAAGAGUUGUAUGUGAGUCCAGAUGAUCAUAGCAAAAGGAGCAAUCAUGCUGAGGAAGAUGAACAUGGAUCAAAACGGGCAGCUUUAGAUAGCCUGCCCACUUUUGAUCGUUUAAGGACUGCUUUCAUGGAGUCUUAUGCUACACAAGACAUUGAAAACCAACAAGGUGAUACAAUCCUCAAACAAGUUGAUGUAAGAGACCUCGGUGUGGAUGACCACCAAAAGAUUAUCGAUAAGUUGUUUAAGGUUGUGGAAGUAGAUAAUGACAGGUUCUUGAGGGAGCUACGAGAAAGAUUCCACAGGGUUGGCAUUACUCUUCCAACAGUAGAAGUCCGUUUCAAGAAUUUAACAAUGAAAGCUAAUUGCUUUGUUGGUAACCGAUCUAUACCGACUUUGACAAACACUCUACGGAACCUUACAGACACGGUUUUUGGUUUUCUUGGUAUUGGAUUAUCAAAGAGGGGAAAGAUUACAAUUCUUGAUGAUGUUUCUGGGAUGAUCAAGCCUUCAAGGAUGACUCUUCUACUAGGUCCGCCCUCCUCUGGAAAAACGACUCUAUUGUUGGCUUUGGCAGGUCGGGCCAACCCAGGUUUAACGGUUGAAGGAAACGUGACAUACAAUGGGCAUACCCUUAAGGAAUUCGUCCCACAAAGGACGUCUUCAUAUAUCAGUCAAACUGAUGUUCAUGUAGGAGAAAUGACAGUAAAAGAAACACUAGAUUUUUCAGCUCGGUGCCAAGGAGUUGGAUCUCGAUAUGAAUUACUGAACGAGCUUGACAAGGGAGAAAAACAUGCUAACGUGUCUCCAAAACCAGAGGUUGACCUCUUCAUGAAGGCUACCGCAAUGGAAGGCGUUGAGCAUAAUCUAAUUACUGAAUACAUUAUCAAGAUACUCGGACUUGAGAUAUGUCGGGACACUGUUGUUGGAAACCAAAUGAUACGAGGAAUAUCUGGAGGACAGAAAAAACGACUAACAACCGGAGAGAUGAUUGUUGGGCCAACAAAAGUACUAUUUAUGGAUGAAAUUUCAUCGGGCCUAGACACAUCAACGACAUUUCAGAUAGUCAAGUGCUUGCAACAGAUAACACACUUUACAGAAACCACCAUUUUGAUGUCUCUCCUACAGCCUUCUCCUGAGACUUUUAAUCUAUUUGAUGAUAUAAUUCUCUUAUCACAAGGCCAAAUUGUAUAUCAAGGCCCAAGAGAGCAUAUUGUCGAGUUUUUUCAAAGCUUAGGAUUCACAUGUCCAGAAAGAAAGGGAAUUGCCGAUUUCUUACAAGAGGUAAUAUCUAAGAAGGAUCAAGAACAAUAUUGGGCCAAUAAAGGAAAACCAUACACCUACAUUUCAGUCUCUCAAUUCUCCGAGCAUUUCAAGCAAUUUCAUGUUGGGAAAACGCUACAAAACGAUCUACUCAUGCCAUAUGAAAAAUCCCGGAAUCAAAAAGGAGCUCUAGUCUUCAAAAAGUACUUAGUCCCUAAAAAAGACCUCUUUAAGGCCUCUUUCGACAAAGAAAAGUUAUUGAUUAAAAGGACUGCAGUCGUGUAUAUAGCCAAAACUCUCCAAAUUAGCUUCGUGGCAAUUAUUGGAGCAACAAUGUUCUUAAGGACGCGAAUGCAUUCUAGAAAUGAAGAAGAUGGAGCAAUUUAUGUAGGAGCUCUUUUGUUUGCAUUGAUCACGAAUAUGUUUAAUGGUUUUCCUGAGCUUCCACUCACUAUAGAGAGGCUUCCAGUGUUGUAUAAGCAUAGAGAGCUCUUUUUUCAUCCAACUUGGGCGUUUACUGUUCCUACUAUUUUACUACGUGUGCCAAUCUCAUUGGUGGAGUCUACAGUUUGGACAAUAUUGACGUAUUAUACCAUUGGAUUUGCCCCUGAAGCUAGUAGGUUUUUCAAGCACUUCUUGUUGACCUUUUUGAUUCAGCAAAUGGCUUCAGGAAUAUUCAGACUUAUUGCUGCAGUUUCUAGAACAAUGACUAUAGCGAACACUGCUGGAACUCUCAUUCUAGAAGCAACUUUCCUUUUGGGUGGUAUUGUCCUUCCUAAAGGUCGAAUUCCUGACUGGUGGCAAUGGGCGUAUUGGGUUUCACCAUUAAGCUAUGGUUUUAAUGCUUUAACUACAAAUGAAAUGUUUUCUCCAAGGUGGAUGAAUAAAUUGGGAUCUGACAAUUCUACAAAAUUGGGGGUAGUGGUUUUACAAAACUUUGGAGUAAACCCUAAUCAAAACUGGUUUUGGAUAGGAUCAGCUGCCCUUCUUGGUUUAGCUAUCCUUUUCAACAUUCUCUACACUUUAGCUCUCGCAUAUUUACCUCCUCCCGGAAAGCCACAAGCAAAUAUAGUUCAAGAAGAGAAGAUAUCUAUAUCUGUUUCGGUUGCAAAGACCUCAAGAGAAUCGGUCAUUCAUAAAAACCAAAAUAUAAAUGAAGAUUCAAGUCAUGAAGCUACGGAUGUUAUGGCUCCCAAAAGAGGAAUGGUUCUUCCAUUCGCUCCACUCUCCAUGUCUUUUGAUAACAUAAGUUAUUAUGUGGAUAUGCCCCUCGCAAUGAAAGAACAAGGUGUUACAGACAACAAGCUCCAAUUACUUAAGGAAGUAUGUGGGGCCUUUCGACCUGGAAUCCUAACAGCAUUGAUGGGAGUUAGUGGAGCAGGAAAGACAACAUUAAUGGAUGUCUUAGCAGGAAGAAAGACAGGUGGAUAUGUAGAAGGUGAUAUUAGAAUCUCGGGAUUCCCUAAAGUUCAAGAAACUUUCACUAGGAUUUCGGGAUACUGUGAACAAAAUGACAUCCAUUCACCACAAGUCACUGUCUAUGAAUCUUUGAUUUUUUCGGCUUUCCUUCGACUUCCCAAAGAUAUCAAUAAAGAAGAAAAAAUGGAGAUCAACUACAAGAACCUUUUUGUGGAUGAAGUGAUGGAACUCGUUGAAUUAGACAAUCUUAAGAACAUGAUUGUAGGGAUUCCUGGAGUUACAGGAUUAUCAACCCAACAAAGAAAACGAUUGACAAUUGCAGUAGAGCUUGUUGCUAAUCCUUCAAUCAUAUUUAUGGAUGAACCAACAACUGGACUUGAUGCAAGAGCAGCAGCAAUUGUUAUGAGAACAGUGAGAAAUACAGUGAACACGGGAAGAACCGUUGUUUGCACUAUUCAUCAGCCUGGUGUUGAUAUUUUUGAAGCUUUUGAUGAGUUAUUACUGAUGAAAACUGGAGGAGAAGUAAUUUAUGCGGGAGAGUUGGGUCUAAAAUCUGAGAAACUUGUUGAGUAUCUUGAGGGAAUUCCCGGGAUACCAAAAAUAGUAGACGAUCAAAAUCCAGCAACAUGGAUGUUGGAAGUCACCUCAUCUGCAACAGAAUCACGACUCGGGAUUGAUUUCGUUCAACACUACAAGUCAUCAAGCCUUUAUCAAAGAAAUAAUGCUCUCGUGGAAGAACUAAGCAUGCCUCCUUCAGGAGCAAAAGAACUUUUUUUCUCCACAAAAUAUUCCGAGUCCAUGUGGGGACAAUUCAAGACUUGUAUAGAAAAACAAUGGCGGAGCUAUUGGAGAACCCCUGAUUAUAAUCUUGUUAGAUUUUGCUUCACCCUUAUCACCGCACUCUUGAUCGGGUCCAUUUUUUGGAAAGUUGGUACCAAAAGGGAUAGCAGCAUUGACCUGACGAUGAUUUUUGGGGGUCUGUAUGGUGCUGUUUUGUUUGCUGGAAUUAACAAUGGAAACACGGUACUCCCGAUAGUAGCCUUUGAACGAACAAUAUUUUAUCGAGAAAGAGCUGCUGGGAUGUAUUCAUCCUUACCGUAUGCCAUGGCACAAGUAAUUGUGGAAAUACCUUACGUGUUCUUUCAAACGUCAUAUUAUACUGUUAUUGUGUAUGCUAUGGUGAGCUUCGAAUGGACAACAACUAAAUACUUAUGGUUCUUCUUCAUACACUUUUUUACUUUUCUCUACUUCACAUACCUCGGGCUGAUGACUGUUUCACUCACCCCUAAUGAUCAACUCGCAUCCAUCCUCACAUCUGCUUUCUAUUCGCUCUUUAAUCUCUUCUCGGGCUUCUUCAUCCCUAGACCGAAAAUUCCCAAGUGGUGGGUAUGGUGUUAUUGGAUUUGCCCACUAGCAUGGACUUUUCAAGGAUUGAUUGCUUCACAAUAUGGUGAUGUGGAGGACACCAUUAAAGUGGCGGGAAUGUCACAAGAUCCCACAAUCAAAGAGUAUGUGCAAAGCCAUUUUGGAUAUGAAGAUGAAUAUCUAGGACCCAUGGCUUUGGUUUUAGUUAGUUAUGCAGUGUUCUUUGCAUUCAUGUAUGCAUACUGCUUGAACAAAUUGAACUUCCAAACAAGAUAGGGAGUAAACUAAACUAAACUGAAUUUCGAAUUAUCAGUUUAUCACUAUUAAUCGUCAUUCAUUGUCGCAAAAGCAAA